AUAAGCCACGAUCGCUGAAUGUUGACUUGUUGUACUGUGAAAAGAAAGUUGGUGAACUGUUCAUACUGGUCAAGGUGUGUUGAAGCACAAGCAUGAAUCAGACUCCGAGUUCAACCGACACUGAUGGCCGGGCACCACCAAAAGUUUCUGACACUUAUGUGAGUCUCACUGAGCAACGGGCUGCUCACCUUGAUACAGGAAAAAUUCAAGAAGUGACCGACGCUGAUGUAGACAUCGACUAUCACGCCUCACCUGUCUCAGAUGCGAUGAUUGUCAUCGUUCGUGGCAACCCAUCUGAGAUCGAGGCGGCAGCAAGUCUCGUCGAUCAGAAGACUGACGAUAAGGCAAACACAGCACGAAGACAGUUGUUCUGGCUCCAGUGGGUUGAGGCCGCCUUCCCUGAUCUCGACUCACGCGCCUACUUCCUGCCUCCUGUCUACUUCAACCGCGUGCCGAUGACUAGACAGUCAGCUGCUGCUCAGGAUGUUCUGGUCGUUAGGUCAGCACCUGGACAGGCCGGUCAGUCCAGCCAACCAGUGGCGACUCCAUCUACUGCUGGACAGACCUGUCUCCCUCAGCCUCCUUGUGUGCUGGACAGUGACGUCAGAGAUGACGCAGCCAUGCAGCGGUUACUCUUCUGUCUGCAAAAUAUGACAGAACAGAAGGGAGAAGUGUUGGUUGGACUAAGUCAGCUUCAGUUCGGACAGUACCUGGGUGAACCUUGUUACGCUGCUGCUGCUGCACAUCUACCCCGUCCCUCCAACCUUCCUCCAUCUCUGCCACGGAAUUGGAAACAAGGAGACUUUGAUGUGCUGCUUAUUCACCGACAUUACGGUCUUGUCGUUUGUGAGGUGAAGGCGUUUGGUGACAACAUACAGGCACUGAGUAUGUCACAGCAGGAUAUAGACAACAAAAUCAGAAAGAAACUGAGAGACGCCGUGUCACAGCUGGACAAGGCGGAGGCCAUGUUGUCUCACCUGGUGUCCGACAUCGCUCCCGGUCUGCGCAUCACUAAGACCAUCGCUUUCCCCAACCUCACGGCUCGUCAGGUGCAACAGGCCAUCUCCGGCGACACCCGGCUAACUCAGGACCUGUGUCGAUGUCUGGGAACAGCAGACCCCGCCGACAUCGCUAGAUGGGCAGAGGAUAAUGGCAAGAUAACUGUGUAG